ACAGAUCCAAUAAGUGUGCUCCAUAUCACUUUUGGAAGGUCACUCAUGGUUGACUUCUGAAAGUCACCUUCUUGGUACUGCCCUGGUCCCCAGCACAAGCCUAUCUUCCCUUCUCCCCCAACUCCACUUUUCAAGGAUGACUGGUCAAUUAACACAGAGAGGAGCUCUCUGUCUGCUGCUCUUCCUAACUCCAGCAGUGAUGCCAACAUGGCAUGCAGGUUCAGGCUAUUAUCCAGAUGAAAGCUACAAUGAAGUAUAUGCUGAAGAGGUCCCAUUGGCCCGUGCUCCAGACUAUCGAGUCCCCCAAUGGUGUUAUACAUUAAAUAUCCAAGAUGGAGAAGCUACUUGCUACUCACCAAGGGGAGGAAAUUAUCACAGCAGCCUGGGCACACGUUGUGAGAUCUCCUGUGACCGGGGUUUUCGACUGAUCGGACGUAGGUCGGUGCAGUGCUUGCCAAGUCGUCGUUGGUCUGGAACCGCCUACUGUAGGCAGAUGAGAUGCCAUGCAUUGCCAUUCAUCUCUAGUGGCACCUACACCUGCACGAAUGGGGUGCUUCUGGACUCGCGCUGUGACUAUAGCUGUUCCAGUGGCUACCAUCUAGAAGGAGACCGUAGCCGAAUCUGCAUGGAAGAUGGGCAAUGGAGUGGAGGCCAGCCUGUAUGUGUAGACAUAGAUCCUCCCAAGAUUCGCUGUCCCCAUUCACGUGAGAAGAUGGCAGAGCCAGAGAAACUGACUGCUCGAGUAUACUGGGACCCACCCUUGGUGAAAGAUUCUGCUGAUGGUACCAUCACCAGGGUGACACUUCGGGGUCCUGAACCUGGCUCUCACUUUCCUGAAGGAGAGCAUGUGAUUCGUUACACUGCCUAUGACCAAGCCUACAAUCGGGCCAGCUGCAAGUUCAUUGUGAAAGUACAAGUGAGACGCUGCCCAACUCUGAAACCACCACAGCAUGGCUACCUCAGCUGCACCUCUGCGGGGAACAACUAUGGGGCCACCUGUGAAUACCACUGUGAUGGUGGUUACGAGCGCCAGGGCACGCCUUCCCGAGUCUGCCAGUCUAGCCGCCAGUGGUCGGGAUCACCACCUAUCUGUACUCCCAUGAAAAUUAACGUCAAUGUCAACUCAGCUGCUGGCCUGCUAGAUCAGUUCUAUGAGAAACGGCGACUCCUCAUCAUCUCAGCUCCUGACCCCUCCAAUCGAUACUAUAAAAUGCAAAUUGCCAUGUUACAGCAAUCUACCUGCGGGCUGGACCUGAGGCAUGUGACCAUCAUCGAACUGGUGGGGCAGCCACCUCAGGAAGUGGGGCGCAUCCGGGAGCUGCAGCUAUCAGCCAAUAUCAUCGAGGAGCUAAGGCAAUUUCAGCACCUUACACGUUCCUACUUCAACAUGGUAUUGAUUGACAAGCAAGGUAUUGACCGGGAACGCUACAUGGAACCUGUCACCCCUGAGGAAAUCUUCACAUUCAUUGAUGACUACCUGCUGAGCAACCAGGAGCUGACCCAGCGUCGGGAGCAAAGGGACGUAUGCGAGUGACUUUGAAGAAGGGCACAGUGGAGCUCAAGGGAAAAACUUCCCGGUUAGCUAAGAUAGGGGCCCAAUAAAAGGAGGAAGUGACUAGUUUUCACUGUUCCAGGAACAGGACUCUGAGGUGGCCAAGGUUCAUUAAUCCUGCUGCAUUUCCAGGAAUCCUUUUCAGGGCUGUUCAAUAGUUUCCCUA